CUCUCGCGGUGCCGCUUGUUCAUUCACUCUUGGACGGAGAAAUUUUAAACAGCUGACAACUACCGCACGAGCCGUUUCCACCGAAGAAAGUGAAGGGUUGCGUUUCAUCACGUUUUUUUUUGGGGAGCUCUCACAUUAAACGAAAGCGAACUUGGUCAACUUACGGUACUGAUUUCGGUAGUGCAAGCACUUUUUCGUAAUUGGUGGUUGUUUUGUGUGUCGCAGAAGGGAAUUAUCUACUCGACUAUUCAUUCGAAAAGGUGAUCGCGUAACUGCCUAUGAUGCCUCCGGAUGAAUUUUACUGGAACGGUACAGAGUCGGAGAGUGAAGAAUCUCUUAAAGACUAUCACACUCUACCACAGAGUCGCAACCAACCAUCAUAUAUAGAUCCCUGGGACUUGGAGAAUUAUGCGUAUAUUCGAGAACAUCUCGACUCUAUGGAAUUGUCAUCGAAUCCUUCGCUACCUCUAAGCGGUACGAGUAGUGGCGAUUUGGCUGAAGCCCAUUCGACUUCUUUCUUAUACGUCCCAGGUAACAAAAGAAUAGUUGACGUAAACAGGACCUACGAAGCGGCCGAUCAAGGAAAUUAUGCUGAUAUAGAUGAACUGCGAAGCGAAAGACCAUACUACACGGCUAGAAAACUGAGAUACAGCAGUUUUGCUGAUACCGAAGAAAGUGCCUAUGAGGAAAGCAUGAGAGAAAAUUCUUCGGUCUUUGGGAUAUACGACAGGGCAGGUCGAUUCAGGCGAGUGGCAGUUCCAGUAUCUGUAGAUCAAACGUACAAAACACAACUGGACAGAAGUAUAAGUUCUCAUGAGGAUUACGACUACGAUCCAUAUGGUUCGAAACAUGACAUAUACAGCAGACUCGACGAUAUGUCAACGCUGCCCAUAUAUGACGACGUCAGAAGACUAAGGAGGAAGAAACCCCACAAUUUCGGAUUGACAAACUAUGGUCAUUUAAAAAUUGAUUAUUCCUCCAAUUGGAAUAAUUUGAACAAUUAUAUAAAAUAUAAGCAUUAACCGCAGUAGAUAUAUCGUGUAUAAAACGUUAGUUUUAUAUUUAUUAGACUGUUGUAAGAUUACAAAUAAAA